GUCAGAGUCUAAAUCAUCUCCGUUCAGGUGCCGUCACAUAUUCAAGAGGAAAAUCAGCUCAGUGAAACAGAAGGAUGGACAUUUGGAUCAAACUGACUCUCUGGACGGUUCUGGUGUUUUCAGCAGAUGCUCAAGAUCCAAGUGUGAUUUACCCGUUUACAAGAACAUGUGCAUUACGAGGAUCCACCGUCACCCUCCCCUGCAGCUUCACACCUAGAGAGUCUUUCAGGAAGGACAGAAGAGAAAUUCAACUGCAGAUCGUUAGAGUCCGCUGGUGUCAGAACCAUCUGAUCUGUCAACGCACCAACCCGUCUGUGUUUGACAGUAAUUCAACAAACAACGACCCUCGUUAUCAAUACCUGGGAGACAAGAAGGGAAACUGCACUUUACAGAUCAGAGACGUUCAGAGGAAAGACGGUACAGGAUACGAUGGGUCGACACGAGACGGCUCAACGUUUCGCUUCAGGAUGGAAGCUGAUCAUCAUGUAGGAGAUUUCACUAACACGACUGGAGUGACGGUUACAGUUGUUGGUCAGAUUAAACCGAGAAUAAAAGCCUCCAGUAACGAGUCCAGACGAGGUCAAACAGUCUCCCUGCAGUGCACCUCUGUCUGCACCUUCCAAGACCUGAAUGUCACCUGGUUCAGAGAUGGCCACGCCCUCCCAGAGUCUGGACACGCCCUCCAGCUCGGCCCUCUGACCGCAGGGGAUUCUGGGAACUACACCUGCGUUCUGAGCACGGACACGAACACACGGUCUGACCCGUUCAGCCUGCAGGUGGAGGAUGGAGAUGGAGAUGGAGACGGAGACGGAGACGGUGCUGAUGGUGGAAGUCACCUGGUGCUGAUUGUCCGCCUGCUUGUGUUCGGUCUGAUCACCUUGAUCGUCGUCGUGGUUGCAUCCGUCGUCAUCUGGAGGACCUGCCGUUGUCAUGGCAACAGCAGACAGAACUGAGGAACACCUGGAAGUACAGGUGAGUCGCGUCACGUGACACCUGGAAAAGAACACCUGGACACCUGGACAAAGACAGAGACAUCUGGACACCUGGACAACU